UAUGGGCUGGUGUUUGAUGCUGGCUCCAUGCACACGGCUCUCUACAUCUACUGGUGGCCUGUGGACAAGGAGAACGGCACUGGCAUCGUGUCCCAGGUGGAGGCCUGCACCGCAGCUGGACCCGGCAUCUCCAGCUAUGCUGACGACCCCACUGGGGCUGGAGCCAGCCUGAAACCCUGCCUGGACAAGGCCAUGGAGAUCAUCCCGGCAGAGCAGCAGCGGGAGACCCCCACCUACCUGGGGGCCACAGCGGGCAUGCGGCUGCUGAGGUACAGCACAGCCCAGAGCCAGCACCUCCACCCUUCCCACCACGUGCUUCUGCACUGGAGCCUGGGCAGGGGCUGGUCCCAGUGGGUGACUCCUGGUGCGGGGCAGUGCUCCCUCACAGGCUCAUGGACCCACCUGCCAGCAGAGGAUGUGGUUGGAGCUCUGGACCUUUGGGGCUUCAACCCUGGUGGGGCUUCAACCCAGAUCACGUUCCUUCCUGGGACCACCAUAGAGGACAGCAGCACAGGAGCCCUCCUCAGGCUGUACGGGACCAACUAUUCCAUCUACACCCACAGCUACCUCUGCUACGGGCAAAAGCAAGCCCUGAAGAUGCUGAUGGCUUCCUUACACCAGGCCAGCCCAUCCACCGCACAGAUCUCACACCCCUGCUACCCCAGGGGAUACGAGGAGAACAUCACCACGGCAGAGCUCUACGACAGCCCCUGUGUGCGUGCCCCGAGCACCCCCAGCGCUGCACAGCUCCUCAGGGUGAUGGGGACAGGGGAGCCGGCAGCGUGCAGCACUGCCGUCCAGCACUCAGUCAAUGCCACCAUUGGGCGGUUCUGCACCAGCACCUGGGAGAAGGUGCUGCAAGAGUUCCCCACCAUGAGCAGGACGCAGGUCCGUGAUGCUUGUGCAGCCAGCACCUACACCCUCGCCCUGCUCCUGCAAGGCUUCAGAUUCAACCACACAACGUGGCUCAACAUCCACUUUGCCCGGCAGGUCAGUGAUGUAGACGUGGGCUGGACUCUGGGCUACGUGCUCAACCUCACCAACAUGAUUCCCUCAGAGAUUCCCCAGAGAGUUGUAGGGCUCCAGAGAAGCAAUUGGAUAGCAGCCACUGUUCUACUGGCCACCAUGCUCAUCCUCACCUUCUGCCUGCUCACACUCAUGUGCUGCCAGAAAAGCUCGUCUGGGUAUGUGAGCCUCUAG